AUGAUUCAAAGCAUUCAAGCUUAUGUUGCAUGCAUUCAAUGUGAAGAUCAAGAUAUCUCAGAAAUUCAAUGCGAUGAAAAUUGGAUUUCUUUAUUAUCUAUAAAAACUUAUUCAGCCUCGAUAUUGAACGAAAAUACUGAAGUGUUAGCAUCACGCUGUGAAUCUUUAACUGAACUUAACAAACAUCGCAACUCAACCCCAACAAAUAAUAACAAAGUUUCAAGCCGACAGUCUGUUUCUUUAUAUCGUCGCAACAUCGACAUUAUUUCUCAGUCAACAUAA